CGACUGCGACCAUAGAGGAUGGACACACGAGCGCUCUCCAUGGCAUCUCUGGGGAUUAUUUUCCUUGCGGUUUGUGGGGCCCACGGCGCUCUGGCAGCCUCGGUGGCGCCGGUCCUGCCGCAGAGGGACGUCAGUGCACAGUCGAUGUUCUCUGAGUUGCUGGCGGGCCCCUUGGCCGACGAGAAGCUCCUUCUCUUCUUCGACUCUGGGGCUUCGCGGGUGCUCGACGUCGACCUCCUGUUGCCAGAGAUCAGGUCGACCACCUCUAUCAUCUUGGUUGCUCUCGACCACCCGGAGACGUUCCUGCGGGAGGCCCCCAUCCAGCUCAUCCGCGGGAGCUUCGUGACGGUGGUGCUCGCCUUCACGAGGAGCCCCGCGGUCCUCCUGGACAGUCUCGGCGCUGACUGGAACCCUGACUUCCUGCUGCUCCUCAGCCUCAACGGGAGCCUCGACACGGCACCAAUGCUCGAGGACGAGCGGAUACAGAGGUCAAAUCACGUGACCCUCAUCGAGUACGGCAGGACAGCUUCUGCGACGUUCCACGUCUUCACCAGCAGACCCUUCAGGCCGACAAGGACAGGCUACGCAGUCAAGUCCCCGAUCGGAGCGUGGAACAAGCGGCUCUUCGCGACCAAGGCUGAGCUGUUUCCCGAGAGGUUCGCGACGCUGGACGGCGCCGUGCUGCAGCUGGGGUCCUGGUGCGACGACUUCCCCUUCCUGUACUCCGAGGGGGACGGCUGCGUCGGGAGCACGCUCGAGCUCCUGGACGUGAUCGCGGCGCAGCUCAACUUUUCGUACGUGGUGCAGAUGGAGCCCGCCGACCAUAACUGGGGUUCCAAGGAGAACGGGACCUGGACGGGCAUGCUCGGCGACCUCGUGUACAACGACAAGGACCUCGUCGUGAACUCCCUGCUCCUGACGGAACAGCCCUUCGUCGAAUUCGACUCGACUUACCCUUACCACUUGGAGAGCUACGCCUUCAUCCUCGAAAUCCCUCCCCCAGUGCCGCAGUGGCGGGGCCUCCUCUACCCAUUCACCAAACUAAUGUGGGGCACCGUCAUCGCCACGACUCUGGUGGUGAUCAUCCUGCUGCAGCUGUGCCUCACGAUUGCCCCCGACACGCAGGACGCCUCGCAGGUCUUCCUCCUGGUAUGGGCAGGCGUCGUGAAGCAGUCGGUGAACCACAGGCUCGGCACCUCCUGGACGCGCCUCUGGGCCGGCUUCUGGUGGCUGGCGACGCUCAUCAUCACCACGGGCUACACCUCCAACCUCGUCGCCUUCCUCACCGUGCCCGUCUACCCGACGCGCAUCGAAACGGUGGACCAGCUGGCCGCGUCGGGACUCCGGAUCUGCAUGCAGGAUUACGGCAGCUUCUUACCCGACGCCCUUAGGGUAUCCGCCGACCCAUCCCUGAGACACUUAGGGGAGUCCCUCGACCUGUUCCCCUACGUGUACCUGUCCUUCGAGCAGGGGUUCGAGUGGGUCGCCGACGGAACCCACGCCCUUGUGGAAACCUACUCUUAUCUCUCUUAUCAGCAGAGUCUCUACAACCACACCGGACACACGUACAUUAUGAGGGAGAAUAGAAUAUGGGAGGAGUAA